GAGCAGAGGCCGGGGCCACUGACGCUUCCCUCCUUAGGGCUGGGGGACUCCCGGGCGGCGGCUCGGCAGCUCCGCUGAACUUGGCGUUUGCAAGGCCAGCUCAGCUCCUGCCGCUCGAAGCCCGCCGCUCCCAGCCUUUUGCACAUGAGACCAAGGAUGGCGCCUCAGCCCUCGGGUGCGCCGGCUGUCCAAGUGACCCCCGACACGGAGCCGCCCUUCCCGGUCGCCUCGAGCGCGCAAGAGCCCUGCAUCGUGUCCGCUCCGCCCAGCCCCACUCGCGUGUCAGGGGACCCCGUCGAGGCCGAAGGGAGCGGCUGCCGAGGGGCCGCCAGGAAGCUCCGGGCGCGGCGUGGGGGACGCAGCCGGCCCAAGAGCGAGCUGGCGCUGAGCAAGCAGCGGCGGAGCCGACGCAAGAAGGCCAACGACCGCGAGCGCAAUCGGAUGCACAACCUCAAUUCGGCCCUGGACGCGCUGCGCGGGGUCCUGCCCACCUUUCCCGACGACGCGAAGCUCACCAAGAUCGAGACGCUGCGCUUCGCGCACAACUACAUCUGGGCGCUGACGCAGACGCUGCGCCUAGCGGACCACAGCCUGUACGGUCUGGAGCCUCCCUGCGAGGAGCUGGGCAGCCCGGACGGCGGCUCCCGGGGAGACUGGGGCUCCCUCUACUCCCCGGUCUCCCAGGCUGGCAGCCUGAGCCCCGCCGCCUCGCUGGAGGAGCGCCCCGGGCUGCAGGCGGCCUCCCCUGCCUGCCUGCCGGGCGCCCUGGCCUUUGCAGACUUUCUCUGAUGGCCUGCCGGCCGCCGGGCGGUGGGUGCCGGGGGAGAGGGCGGAGGUGGAGGAGGUGGCGGUGGCCCUGGCGCGGACUUGCUCCUCCUGCCGCUGGUGGGCCUAGACGUCCGCGGGGUGGCCGGCUAGUUCAGUCCCACGUCCUCAGCGCCGCGCCAACUGAGACAUCCUGCCGCUGCCUGCGCAAGUGGGCGGUACCGGCCGCGCGUUUCAGGGCCCCUCCCUGCCGUCACCCCAAAAUCUCGUGCAAAAAAAAAAAAAAAAAGCUGAGAAUGGUAGCACUACACAGGGAAAACGCGCCCCCACCCCGUCUCCUGCCACCCUCCCCUCACUCUGUCUGUCAGACCUACGACUCUCUCUCACGCUCCUCCCCAGACAUGGUUUCAUCCAGCCUCUGGUCUCUGCUCCCCUCCUCUCUCCCUAGCCAGUCCCGGGUGUCCGGCCGCCCCCCCUGCCUUAAUCCAGGAAGGCGACCCUCUGCCUUCUCCGCGUGCACUUUUCUGAGCCAUUGCCCUGCUGUGGGCUGGAGCCCUGACUGAGAACUGGUCUCACAUUCCCCCUGGGGAGCACCCCCCCCCAACUCCGCCUCCCUGCGACCCAGAGAGCCCGUGCCUUUAGAAAAAAUCAGUUUGUAAAUUAUAUGAUGUCUUUUGAGAGGAAUUUUGGUAAAUUAUAUGCCCUCCCCCCUGUUUUUUGUAUUUAUUGAUGAGAUUUC